AUGCGAGCAAUUGACAUCAAGAACGAUACCGGCCCGGCCGACGCCCUCUUCAUCGACAAUGACUUCCCGAAGCCCGUCCCGAAAGCUGCAGAAGCGCUCGUCCGUGUCAAGGCCUUCGGCUUAAAUCGCAUGGAUCUGCUGCAGCGCGAGGGCUUGUACCCCGUGCCGCCCCAGGCUCCCAAGACGCUGGGCGUCGAGUUCAGCGGCGUCAUCGAGGCCUUCGGGAGCAGCGAGCACGAGAAGGGCUUCAAGCUCGGCGACGCCGUCUUCGGCCUGGCCUACGGCGGCGCUUACGCCGAGUACAUUGUCGUCUCCACCCACAUGCUGGUACACAAACCCGACGAGCUGUCGUGGGAGCAAUGCGCGGGCCUGCCCGAGACGUGGAUCACGGCGCUGCAGGCCAUGUACGUGGUUGGCGGGUUCAAGCCCGGCAUGAGCAUUCUGUGGCACGCUGGCGCCAGUAGCGUCAGCAUCUCCGGCAUCCAGCUGGCCCUCGCCGACAGCGCCUCCGCCGUCUACGCCACCGCCCGCCAAGACGAAAAGUGCGACUUCAUCGUCAACCAGCUCGGCGCCACCAAGGCCUUCAACCCCACCAAGGAGAACUGGUCCGAGGAGCUGCUCAAGGCCACCGACGGCAAGGGCGUCGACAUCAUCGUCGACUUCGUCGGCGCCGGCUACUUCCAGGGCAACCUGGAUGCUGCCGCCCGCGAUGGCCGCAUCGUCCAGCUCGGCGUCAUGAGCGGCACCAAGCUCGAGGGCAAAAACGUCGACAUCGGCGCCUUUAUCCGCAAGCGCGUUCGCUUCGAGGGCAGCACCCUGCGUAGCCGCGACGAGGAGUACCAGGGCAAGCUGCGCGACCAGCUCGUCGAGCAUGCGCUGCCCAAGUUCAAGGACGGAACCUUCAAGGUCUUUGUCGAAAAGGUCUUCCCCUUCGAGCAGAUUGUCGACGCGCACAAGCUGCUCGAGUCCAACAAGACCAAGGGCAAGAUCAUCUGCACGAUUUCAUGA